AAGCCACAUCAGGUUUCGUGGAGGGGGAGAGGAUCCGCAUUUGAGCUUUGUCUGUAACAACAUCCUUCUCUUGAGGAUAGCUCUUUAUUUCGUUAAUAUAAAGCGUCGGGUGACUACAUUUAAAACGUUAGUUUAGUAUACUUAUAUACACUGGUAACCCGAGGUACAAAAUGCUUCAGUCUCUUGCGAGCAAUUCGUGUGUGCGGUUGAUACAGAGUCACAAAUCGACAUGGUAUUUUGUGUCUCUAGUCUUGGGGUAUGUCCUUUAUCUCGUAUUCGGUGCUGUUGUCUUUUCUUCGGUUGAGCUGCCUUACGAAGACCUCCUGCGCCAGGAGCUAAGAACCAUUAAAAAACAGUUCCUCCAAGAAAACGAGUGUCUAUCCGAGGCUCGUCUGGAGAGGUUUCUGAAGAAAGCCCUUGAUGCCAGUAAUUAUGGGGUCUCCAUCCUCAAUAACGCCUCUGCUAACUGGAACUGGGACUUCACCUCAGCGCUGUUUUUUGCGAGCACCGUGCUGUCCACCACAGGUUACGGUCACACAGCCCCACUGUCAAAUGGCGGAAAGGCAUUCUGCAUUGUCUAUUCAGUGAUUGGCAUCCCCUUCACCCUUCUCUUCCUCACUGCUGUGGUGCAGAGGAUCAUGGUGUUCAGCACGCGCAGGCCGAUCAUGUACUUCCACAGGCGCUGGGGCGUGUCCAAGCCUCUGGUGGCCAUCGUUCAUGCUACCUUGCUCGCCACGACGGCCAUCUCUUGCUUCUUCCUCAUCCCCGCCGCCAUCUUCUCAGCACUGGAGGACAACUGGAACUUCCUGGAGUCUUUCUACUUCUGCUUCAUUUCCCUCAGCACCAUCGGCCUGGGUGACUACGUACCUGGAGAGGCCACCAAUCAGAGGUUCAGGGAGCUCUACAAAGUGGGCAUCACUGUCUACCUGAUCCUGGGUCUGAUUGUCAUGCUGGUGGUGCUGGAGACCUUCUGCGAGCUGCAGCAGCUGAAGCAGCUGAGGAAGAUCUUCUACCUGAAGAAGGAGAAGCCCCAGGACCGCCUCGCCAUCUUGGAGCACGACCACCUGUCCUUCACCACCGUGUCCAACAGAGCCACCGCUUACACCGAGGGCAAAACACAGCCGUUUGUUAGCGUGCCAAGUCUGGUCUCUCCCAAUGAUGAUCCAAUGAUCCAGUAAACAACGACAAACAUCUAAUGAAGGAUGAAAAUAUGACAGUAGGGGCUAAUGCACGCAACACUAUAGACAACACGAAGAACGAGUAGAUCAUAAGUCUCAUCUGUAGGCAUCCUGCAAAGCUCAGUCCUGCAAAAUUGUAGUAAAACUAAUUGAUACUGUUUAGAUCAAGCAAACAAUGGCCUUUAUCAACCCUCAACACUGACAAUAGAGUGCUCAAAUGUAUGCACAUUAAUAAGGGAGAACAUUAGUAUUUUAAAACUAUAAAGAAUAGCCUUCUGCUGUAGUUAUUACUCCCUGGAGAUGAGCUCCUUCAUGAGCCGUGCUAUUUAUUCCAUACUUAGGGUACGUUUUCAAAAGUAAUUGGUCUCUUAAAACUAGCUGAAAUAUAGGACAGUUCUCUGUAGUGUCUCGCAUAUUAAAACAUAAACAUGUAUGUAUCCUAUAAGUAGAGAUGCUUGACAGGUAUGUAGAAUGUACAUAUUCAGGUUAAUGUUUUAAGAUGUACAGUAUAGCGCCAUUGAGAAGUACAACACCUGUUAAAGAUGAGCCAAACAGUAGCCAAAACGCAAGAACAAUGCAAGUUAUUAAUAAUGGAGUUUAGAGAUUUUUUAUUACGAUAUGGAAUUCUGACAGCAGGAAACCGUUAAUGCUGCACAUGCUUCAUUUGAGUCGUUUUCAAUUGGAUUGGCGCCUAUUGAUUUCUUUAAAGGUCUGAAAGUUUCAGGGUCCUGUUUUCGAUUGCAUGUGCUUCUGAAAGCACAGACAAUAAAUGUUCUGAACCAUAGGUUGGCUGAGCUCUGGAGAAUAUAUCCUGAAAAGAUUAGCUUUUUAGAAUGAAAAGUUUGCCAAAUAACAGCCUUUGAUUAAAAGAUGGAAGAGAAAAUAUUUACUCUCCGUAAAACAACAACAUUUUUAGCAGCACCUUUGGCUCAUCUUUAUGGAGGUGAUGACUUUUCUUUUUGGACUUAACGUCAUCACACAUUUCAUUGUGAGGAAUCGUUUUUAUCUGCAGAUAUGUAUAUUUUCUCUACAUGUUGAUGUGAUUUUCGUAGUUGUCCAUGUGUGACAAUAAGCACUAUAAUUUAUUGAUUUGUCUGGAUGGCUUAAUGUGUGCUGGACAGUUUGAAAGGGAAAGUAGAGGUUAGCAAAGCUUAAAAAGGGAACAACAGAGUGCUGGCUGACCUGACAUUUUUCACUGUCGAUAAAUAGAGCUCAGUUUGCACAUGUACUGGAGCCAGGCAGAGGUACAGAUAAAAAUAACUGUUUUGGAUUGCUCAGAGAGAAAAGGGAUAUGGUUCCAAAGAUUUAAUCAAGGAGAUAUUUUUAAUGGGAAAACAAUGGUACUUUUGAUGAUCUUAAAAGACUUGAUAUUUGCUCGAUCGCUACAAAAGAGCAAUCAGUCUAACAGAAACUAUUUUACUGUAUUAACACAAUUUUAAUGUAUAUUUUUGACAUGAGGAAGGUUUACAAGAUUUUAGAAGUAACUAAUGAAAGUAAUUAUUCAGCAUAAAAGGUGCAUUUGGGAAACUCAAAGAGCAGGGGUGCAGCUAGAACAUUGCAGCUAGAAUUAUCAACCACAUCAGUUUUUAAUCUGCUCAUCAAUCAAGGAUAACUUUCCAUAAUUGGAAAUAAAAUAUAUACACAUGCACAUUUUUUACAAGGUUGUUAUCGCACUCAUCUAUACUUAAAAAAAAGCAUCUGCAUCUGGAGGGAAAAUGGUUUGACAGGUCUCAUGCCUUUAUCUGUCCUGCUGCAGAUAAACACUCACUCGUACAGUGUAGCAUACUGCUGCAAUGCAGACUUUUCAGUAAUGUAAAAACUUGCAUUUCUUAUACAUGUUAUCUAUGUCUCAGUCUCCAUGUGGAACUGAUGUUCUGACCUCAUCUUUCUUUGCUACAUCGUCACAUCAAGACAGUCGCAGCCUUUUAUGUAGAAGUCUUGAAUGUGACCUUUUUUAAGCCGUUUGCUACAGUGAUAUUCAAAGCCUGCAGCUUCAUGCCUCGCUGCUCUGCUUGCUCUGUUAGUUUAGCGCUGACCAGUUAUUUGAAACGCUGUGGCAAGGUGUCCUGACUGCUUGCAAAAUUAGCUUUGAAUCAUCCCAGUUACUCACUGAUCUUUAAUAUUGUAUUUUUUAGAUCAGUGGGAUUUUAGUUGCUUUUUCCACCAGUAUGGGCCUUUGUGUAAACUGUGAAGCAGUAAAAUGAAAUGAAAAAUGUCUGCUGAGAGAAAAGGGAAAACUUGUUUUUUUUGCCAUGCUAUACGGUUUCUCUUUUACUGUAACGUUUCACUGUUUUGUAGAAACAUUACAUAGAUUGAUGUCAAGGCUUUUACCCUUCAGGAUGGCUGUUUUCGGCAGUGUUUGUCAUACAGCUUGUCAGGUGGAAAAAAAUCUGUUCAGGGAGAACACAUUGUGUCAAGGAUUAGAAAUGGAAGCACACACUGACAUUAUUUAUUUAUGCUGACAAAAGUAACCUGUUUGGAAAAAUUGGAAUCCCAUGUUUCUGUACAUAUCUCUGCAGUUGUUGUGGUGAAUACUGUAAGUUCAUCUACACCGGCAAGUAUUGAAGUCUUAAUACCAAUAAUGGUCAACAAGAUUUCCAUUGUCCUAGGUUUUCUGUAAAAAUUAAUUUUAGCAUAAGAAGUGAAUCCAUGAACUGUAAAAUAUCACUGUGUCUUAAAUAAAGUGUCCGUUUAUUAUUA